GGGACCUUCGGUUGCUUUGGGCUCUCCGUCCGCUGAGGGUGCUGACUGAAGACCGUUCCGUGGGCGACGCCGUCGCAAUGACCAUUUGUCAGUUCUUCCUUCAAGGCCGGUGCCGCUUUGGAGACCGGUGCUGGAACGAACAUCCCGGCGCCGGGGGUGCGGGCGGAGGACGGCAGCAACAGCCCUCAGGUAGUAACAGACGUGGAUGGAAUACCACCAGCCAAAGAUAUUCCAGCGUUAUCCAGCCAUCCAGCUUCUCCAAAUCAACACCAUGGGGGGGCAGCAGAGAUCAAGAAAAGUCAUCUUUCAGUUCCUUCGAUUCUGGAGCUUCAACUAGCAGGAACAGAGGGUUUGGAUUGUCCCAGAAUCCAUUUGCUUCACCCAGCUCUGAUGGGCAGAAAGAUGAUAAGAAACUUCUGGAAGGAAUUAUAAAAGAUAUGGAAAUUUGGGAAUCAUCAGGGCAGUGGAUGUUUUCUGUUUAUUCGCCAAUGAAAAAGAAACCUAAUAUUUCAGGUUUUACAGACAUUUCACCAGAGGAGUUGAGGCUUGAAUACCAUAACUUCUUAACCAGCAAUAACUUACAGAGUUAUCUAAAUUCCCUCCAACAGUUAAUAAAUCAAUGGAGAAACAGAAUAAAUGAAUUGAAGAGUCUAAAUACAUCAACUAACAUAGCCUUGCUCUCAGAUGUAAAGGAUGGAGUAAAUCAAGCAGCACCUGCAUUUGGAUUUGGCAGUACACAAGCAGUAACAUUUGGAUCACCAGGUUUUCCAGUGAAUAACAGCAGCAGUGCUAAUGCUCAGAAUUUUAGUUUUAAACCAAGCUCUGGAUUUGCCUCUGCCCCUUCUGGAAGUCCUCCUGUGUUCGGUAAUACUCCAGCAUUUGGAGCUGCAUCCUCUGCCAGUUCUGCCAUCACUACUUCUGUUCCAACGUUUGGAUUUGGGAAACCUGCAGUCACAUCUGCUGCUUCAUUUUCUUUUAAAAGUCCUGCAGCUUCUGGUUUUGGAUCACCUGGAUUUUCAGGAUUUCCAGCUUCCAUGGCAGCAGGCUCUUUUGGAGCUCCAGGGGCCCCAGCCUUUGGAAGUGGCACUUCUGUGGCUGGUUUUGGUAGUCUAGGCUCACAUUCUCACACUGCUUUUUCCAAGUCAUCUAGUGACACCUUUGGAAAUAGUAGCAUAUCCACCUCUCUCCCAGUCUCAAAUGGCAGCACCACAACAGAUAAUGAAUUAUUCACACCCAGGGAUCAAUUAACAGCAGAAGAACUAGAACAAUUUCAGUCCAAGAAAUUUACUCUGGGAAAAAUUCCUUUAAAGCCACCACCUGCAGAACUUCUAAAUAUUUGAAAGGACAAUUUUAAAUACAGAAAAGAACAGCUCUUAAAA